UCUCCUUGCCGCUCCUCGUCCUUUUUAGCCCUUUUGCCAGCUCGCAUUGCCAGCUCGCAGCCGCUCGACGUAUCUACGUCCAGAAUGGCUCCUCACGAGUCUCUGCCCUGGUGGCAGCUCUUUUCGCCCGCCGACCUUCCCAUCGCGGUCAUCGUGCUCGCAAUCGGCUUCCACACCGAGGCAGCCAGGAUCGGAGCCGUCCUCAAGGACCGGCAGACUCGUGCGGCCUUCUGCGCGACGCUCCUCACCACGCUGCUCAUCGUGCCGCUAAUCGCGAUCUCCGCUGUCUGGAUUGUGCCGCACGUGCCACCCGAGGGCGUCAUCGGCAUCCUCACCGUCGCUCUGCUGCCGGGUGGCCCGCUCGCCAAUAUCCUCGCGGUGGCCGUCGGCGCAAACUCCGAGCUCAACGUGACUCUCACGGUGGCGGAGAUGAUCCUGUCCACCGCUCUGCUGCCCCUCGGGCUGCUGGUGGUGAUGCCGCGCGUCCUCGGCGCCGAGCAAGUCAUCCGCGUCCCAUUUAGUGAGAUGGUGCACGGCAUCGCCCUCGUGCUUGGGCCGAUGCUGACUGGCGUCGCGGCGAGCAGCCUGACGCGGCUGGAGGGGCUCACCGCCGCGCGGAGGCGGGUCGUCAAGCGGAGGAUCUUCCGCCUCCUCCUCCUCCUCGCCCUCCUCCUCGCCAUCGCCGUCCGGCGGCUCCACACGAGCGGCCCGCCGCCUCUGUCGGCGCAGCUCACAGAGCUCUUGCGCUCCGCAGAGCUGCCGCCCGACGCGACGCUCCUCGCGGCGCCCCUCUUCGGCGUGGCGACCGUCGCCUGGUGCUGCCUCCUCGGCUGGACCAUGCCCGCCCAGCCGAUGCCCAACCGCAUCUCCAUCUGCCUCGAGGUUGGAACGCGAGACCUCACCAUCGCGCUGGUCAUCGCGCUGGUCGGGCUGCCGUCGCUGCCGGCCCCGCAGCGCGCGCAGGUGGCCCUCGCCGUCCUGCUCGCGUGGGCCACCUGCAACGGCGGCGUCGCCCUCUCCGGCUUCCUCAUGUGCGCGCUGUCUGGGCCCGUCUGCUAUGCCGACGCGGGUGGCGGGGACGGCGGAGGCGGAGGCGGCGCCAGGGGCGCGGACUGCGAGAGGGAGGAGCAGGAGGGGGAGCCGGACAAGCUCGCCCUCCGGACGAGCUUGCUCGAGGGGUCGGGCCGGAAGAGCGACGCGGAGGACGGCGCGGGACCGACCGGCGCGACGCUGGUGUGAGCCUGUGAGCGGUGCGUGGGUUGUUGCACGAGUAUAUGGGACACGAUGUCUCAAAUAUGAGGGGUUUUGACUAUUACC